GCAAACCCGACGGAAUUCGCAGCAUUAGACGAUUACGAGGAAGAAUCGAGCAGCGCCGGAUACCACACCGACGAAAGCUGCAGCCCGACCCCGGAGCCAGGCAUUACAGAGGUCAGCAUCUCGCUGGAGAACUUCGAAAAGCUCUCCAUCGAGGAUCCCACCGUCGAGAGGCUGACCGAAAGGUACGCUGCUCUCUACGGGCAGGCUCAAUUGCACACUUUGGACGCUCUCGAUGCCUUGGAACCACUUAAGGCCGCUUCCGAGCUCAAAGCCAAGAUCCUCUACUCAGUGGUCGUGGUCCCUUCGGUAAAAUCUCGUCGACGUUGCAGGCUGUUAAGAUUAUACGAGGGCCGUCAGUAUCGGGAAGCUGCCAGUUUCCUCAUGAGGCUCCCCACGUACACCCUGAGGGCUGCCCUGCCGGACAUUCCCAUAGAUUUGCUGAUCGAGACGCUACCCCAUAGCCUAGCCAUGCUGGAGGCGCUCUACUCGAGGCUGACCGAGCUCAACCUCGAAGACCCCAAGACCCUCAAACUUGACCAAGUGCUCUGGAAGGCCGUAUAUCUAAUAUCGACCACGCAGGAUCACUUCCACCUCAGGAUCUGGAGCAAGCUCCUCGGCGCGAUAACUCGAAUUGCCCCCAACUCGAGGAACACCUUGGUUACCAGGAGGAGGGCCCUGGAGAGGGCCGUGGAAGGACUCGGCAAACACGGAUUGGUCCCUUCCAGCCAGAAUUCCCAUUCCGGGAGCCCGAAUGCCCAAAACCUCGUGCCCUUGCCCAACGCCCUGAAGGAGGAACUGGAGGCCAGAAACGAGGCCUAUAAACUUGCACUUCACAAGAUUGAGAACUUCGGGAAACAUGGGGCACAUAAAGAUCAAGGGGUCCAGGCAGCCUCCCAUCAGCGACAAUUAUCCCUGAGAUACAGCGAAGUCCAGCAGCGACUGAUCGACAAUCAGAGCCUGUUGAACACCCUGGAAAAGGCGUCCAAUCUCACCUUGGAAAACCUUCUUGACGAAUUAAAGCGGCGAGUGGAACAGGACAAGGAAGCCUUGAGACAAUGGACAGCCUUAAGGAAGACCAACGUGUGUCCAAACGCGAAGAAUCCAGCUCUGGCGGCAGGACUCUUGCAAUUUUCCCGAGGAUGUGGCCUUGCUCUGCAGCUCAUGAGCGAAGACAAUGUAGAG